UUUAUAUAUAUAUAUUAACAUCGACGUAAGGGCUCGCUUGUGAGCUUUCCAUGUUUGCUUCUAUUUCGGUUGAUAUAGCCGAGGUUAUCGUAUUGUUGGCGAAUUGAUUAUGCCGUGGAAAUUAUUGCGGAUGGAAUAUGUGGCGCCACCUUGCGACUAGUAGAUCGUCGUUUCUGGUCAGGUUUCGCAUCGAUUAAAAGGUAGCAGCGUCUUGGGUUUUUCAUCUGAACAAUAUUAAUGAUUUACAAUGGAAGGAUUUAAACUGAACUGGCACCAGCCUGAUGGAAAAAGUUUCGUCACCUCAAACGUUUGCUGCCUCAGGAUUAUUAAUUUCGAGCCCGCCACUUCGGUCACGUACGCCAUCGUGAAAAUCGUCGGCUCAGUGGAAACGAACGACCAAAACCCCGAAUGCACGUCGGCCCCAAAUUGCGUCACGAUAACGUCAUCUUCGCGGCACGACGUCAAAGCAGAUCUGGUAAACGGACGGUUCAAGGUAUUCUUGGAGUUGAAUCGGGGCGAAAAUUCGAUCUGCAUUACUCACUGCGAUCAAAACGUACAGUUAAAAGUAACUUACGAACCGAAUCUAACCGACUACACUGUGAUACCCUUGUACGUCAUAUGCGACGGACACGACGGCCGAUUUCAAGCGCCCGAGAAUGAGAAAAAUGACGUGGACAGUGCGUUGCGACGAAUCACUCUGUGCGCGAAACUGUUGCAAUGCUUUACGGCUGAGAAACUGCACGACAAUGGCCUGGGAAGGAAAACGUUUUCGUUGAAAGGCGGAUGUAGUGUGUUUCGAAGCAAGCUGGAUUAUACGGAAGCCAGGAAGAUGGGCCAAGAAGAACUAUGGGGGCGCAUCGGUAGAGAAAUAAUGCAGUCCGAAAUAGGGUUCCACGCUGCGAAAUAUCUAGCGUUUUUGUCUUGCACGACGUACGUUGGAGAAAAAUUUACCAGUUUCCUAAAAAGUCACGAGGAUUUGAUCGGGAUCACCGACGGUUACGUUGCGCUGGGCGGAGGUGGCUUGGCUUUGUUCGGGACGGCUUGUUUGUACACUUGGCCUGAAUAUUUCGACGAAGUCGCUGCUCGCUUUGAGGAUAACGCUCUGGUGGACAGGACGGCAUUCUUGGACGACAGCUGUUACAGAGGAACGAUAGGAGGGUGUUUUUCAACGACCUUGGGCUCUGUCCUGCACGAGCUCUACCAUACUUUCGAUCUAGGUCACACCGAGGUCGGCGUUAUGGCUAGAGGAUUCGACAACAUCUACAAAUUUUUCACCACCGACGAGAAAACCGCUUCGAGCGACGUUUCCAAAGGUUUCCAGCAUCAAAUUCAGUUCAAGGAAGAGUUCGAGGCCUCCAAACUAUCCGAGAGGCUGGAGAAAGCGAACAAAAAGAAAGAAUUUCGGGUUAUUAGGAAGUUCGAUGCUGGCGACGACACCUUCUUGACUAAAAGCUGCGCCGUGAUACUAAGUUACCACAAGUGGUUCCAGAGUUCUAUUCCGGAGCAGCCGUAUACAUUGUUCUACGACCCUAGCAACAGGUUUAUCAAAUCUACCGCUGGAAUUAGGGUGGUGGAGCUACGAAGACAGUACGACGAGAUGGUGCGCUUCAGCUGGACUUUCGAGGGGAAAGUUUUGAAAUACUCUUUCCAAAUUCCCGAACAGGCACUGGAUGAAACUCUGGCUAUCCUCUUCGUUGAAGACAAAUACAGCAAUAUCUUUAAAAAAGCCGUUAAUUUUGUCUAG